UGUUGAGAAAAAGAGAGUAAGGCAACGACAUUGGCGGAGCGCGGAAAGUUCCCCGCGCGCACGGCACAUCGCAGGUCUCCGCUGCAGCUUCUUGUGGGUGACUGACUAGUCAUCACUCAUCCGCGGGUGGCCCUUCUUCCAAAUCCUAACCAUUCGAGAAGGCAUGGCAUGCUCAGACGAACAAAACAAGCUCGAUCGAGUCAAAUCUGAAAUCUCCAUGGAAUCCGUCGCCGUCGUGGCGGUGCCGUUCCCGGCGCAGGGCCACCUCAACGGGAUGCUGCACCUGUCGCUGCAGCUCGCCUCGCGGGGGCUCCCCGUGCACUACGCGGCGCCCGCGGCCCACGUCCGCCAGGCGCGCACGCGCGUGCACGGCUGGGGCGACGACGCCCUCCGCCGCGUCGAGUUCCACGAGCUCGCCGUCCCCGCGUACGCCUCCCCGCCGCCGGACCCGGCCGCGCCCUCGCCGUUCCCGUCCCACCUCAUCCCCAUGGCCGAGGCCUUCGCCGCGAGCGCGCGCGCCCCGGUCGCCGGACUGCUCCGGAGGAUCUCCGCGGGCGCCCGCCGCGUGGUCGUCCUGUACGACCGCCUCAGCUCCUUCGCCGCGCCCGCGGCGGCGGGGAUCCCGAACGGCGAGGCGUACUGCCUGCAGUGCGUGGCCGCGUCCUUCGACGCGUCGUGGACGGACGCCGGGCAGCGGCUCCUGCGCGCGAUCGGGCUCGACGCCCCGCCUCCGGCCGCCUGCUUGCCGAGGGAGCUCGUCGAGUACAUCGUCCGGACGCAGGGAGACGGGCAGAGUCCGGCCUUCGCCGGAGUGAUCAUGAACACGUGCCGCGCGAUUGAGGGAUCGGAGCUCAUCAACGUGGUGGCCAGUGAUCCGGAGUACCGCGGCAAGAACGUUUUCGUUGUCGGGCCCAUGAACCCGCUGCUCGAUGCGACCGCACGGGUACCGGGAGGCCCGACGACGACGCGGCACCGCUGCCUGGAUUGGCUCGACGAGCAGCCGCCGGCGUCGGUGCUGUACGUGUCGUUCGGCACGACGUCGUCGCUCACCGCGGAGCAAGUCGUGGAGCUCGCCGUGGCGCUGCGCGACAGCAAGCAGCGGUUCGUGUGGGUUCUGCGCGACGCCGAUCGCGGCGUGGUGCGUGAGGAAGCCGUGGAGGAGAGCCGGCACGCCAGGUUCCUGUCCGAGUUCACCGAGCAAGUCCGAGGCACGGGGUUGGUGGUCACCACGUGGGCGCCGCAGCUGGAGAUCCUGGCUCACGGCGCCACGGCGGCGUUCAUGAGCCACUGCGGCUGGAACUCGGCCAUGGAGAGCCUGAGCCACGGCAAGCCGAUGCUCGCCUGGCCCAUGCACUCCGACCAGCCGCUAGUGGCGGAGCUCGUGUGCAAACACCUCCAGGCCGGGGUCAUGGUGAGGCCGUGGGAGCAGCACGGUGCGGUCACACCUGCAGGGGCCAUCCGCGAGGUGAUCAGUAAGGUCAUGACAUGUGACGAGGGUGUGGCGGUGCGGGAGAAGGCCAAUGCACUCGGUGAGUCCAUCCGUGCUUCUGUCGCCGAGGGCGGGUCAUCGCGGAAGGACCUCGACAACUUCAUUACGUACAUAACAAGAUGAAACGUGUCUUCGUAUUUUUGAAGUUUGAUUUGAGUUUUUUUUGUAUGAAUGGAGGGGUGAGAGGAUAUUGAAAGUACCUUUUGUCUUCUAUUAGCAAGUUGUAACCCAGGUGCAAUUUUACAAGUAUACCAACUCAAGAACCAUAUUGGGCAAGAAUUUAUCUGUUAUGGUGUAUCCAUAAUUCGUA